UUAGUUUGGACUAUUACUGUGGAUUUUAUUUUUGCCCCUCUUUCCCUCAUCGAAGUCUAUCUUAUCCUGUGGGCAAUUUAGCGGGGUAAAACAGGAAGAAAGCCAACAGUGAGAAUGGCACGGAGUGCCGAGCUCGCUAUCUUUCUAGCUGCGCUGGUGGCGUUUUCAACCACUAAUGCGGCUAUGAACAAAUACCUCAGUUAUGAUGACAUAACCUAUGAUCCAUCACUACCCUACUUUGGCGCCAACAACAAGUGCAAGAAUCCCGCCGUGCCGAAGAAUGGGAGGGUUCAGUGUCAUCUGACUGAAGAUACCAUAACGUGCGUAGCCAACUGUAAGGACGGGUACCAGUUCGACUCGAACCUGGAGAGCGUCCAGUACUCCUGCGUCAACGACGUGGGCGUCUGGAGCCCUGCCGACGAGUUCCCCAACUGCGUCCCGACUUGCUACUCUGGCUGCGCCAAUGGCGGGACAUGCGUGGCACCUAACGUGUGCGCAUGCCCACCGGAGUUCACCGGGGCACAGUGUGAACAGAGGAUUAACUUCCCCUGUGACACCCCGGUGGACCCUGACCACGGUGACGUGCAUUGUGACAGUGCCAAUGGGUACAAGAUGUGCACCAUCAACUGUGAGCCAGGGUUCAGACACUCCGUGGGCAGCACAUACGUGUGCGAGUUUGCCAGUGGCAAAUGGUCGCCAGGGCUGCUGGGAGAUUCAUUCCCACCAUGCAUCGCUGGUAAGGUGGAGUGCGCCACACCGGACCCCCCGGUGAACGGCAUGCUGUCGUGUAACGUCACCAACGACAAGCAGAUGUGCUUCCCGACCUGCCGCAAGGGCUACCAGUUCGCCACGCCCAUCUCCCAGUCCUACGUCUGUGACUCCACGUCCGGACAGUGGUCGCCAGCUGGCGGGUUCCCGGAGUGUAUCCCGGAAAUGCUGCCUGCGAUCACUCCCGGCAAGAGCAUGGCUCCAAUGGUCGCCGGUGUAAGGCACAGGACCUACAUCUCGGCACAGGCUGGCAUGUGUACCACCUGGGGACAGCACCAUUUCCGCACGUUCGACGGGCGCAUCUUCAACUUCAAGGGCACCUGUUCUUACGUGCUGGCAAAGGACUGCUUUGACCUCACUUUCAGCAUCCACGUACACAACGACCGCCACUGCCGCCCUGCGACCAAGUGUCAGCGCAGCGUGACCGUGUUCCUUGGACAGGAGACGCUGGUCAUGAGGAACGAUGCUGAGGGGCCAUCGGUGUAUCACGGCGAGGACAAGAUCAAGAUUCCCACCAACAUGUUUGGAACCGUCAUCGAAAAGGUUGCGGGAUACGUAAUGCUGCGAAGCGGUCUCGGUUUCAAGAUUGAGUGGGACGGAGAGGAAGCCAUCUUUGUCUGGGUGUCGGAACCACUGUUCGACAAGACCUGUGGUCUGUGCGGACGUUGGAACCGCGACCCAUCUGAUGACUUCACCGACAUCCACAACAACGUGGCAUACUCACUUGCACAGUUUGCCAACAGUUGGAAGAUGCCGGAUAGCUUCUCUGACUCUUGCCCAGAUGCGUCCACUGACACCUACUGUCAGUCUAACACAGAGGAGAGGUACGCACGGUCCAUCUCUGCCAUCAACGGCUGCAGUUAUCUCAUGAACACAGCCUGCACUGAGAUGGUGGACCCAAAUCCGUACUUCGAGGCUUGUAAGGAGGACAUCUGCUUUGGUGCUUCUAACCGUACUGCACUGGAGUGUGACUCCAUGGAGGCUUACUUCCGCGAGUGCACACGUCAGGGUAUCAGCAUCGCCUGGAGGGCUCCAGAUCGCUGUGGCAUGACCUGUCAGAAUGGCAUGGUGUAUGACCCCUGUGGCAGCUCCUGCCCCCAGACCUGCUACUCCCACACCUACGACUGUGUGGACAACCACUGUGUGGACGGCUGUCACUGCCCCAGCGGGACGUACCUGCACAACAACCGCUGCAUCCCCAGGGAGGAGUGCCCCUGUCAGUACCGUGGUACGGAGUACGCGCCGGGAUCGCGCAUCCAGCAGGACUGCAACCAGUGCUACUGUCUGAACGGAAAGUGGAGGUGUACCGAGGAACAGUGUGAAGCCGUGUGCUCCACCACUGGAUACCGCCAUUACACCACGUUUGACGGGAAGCAGUACGACUUUGCUGGAGACUGCAGCUACACCCUGCUGAUGAGUAACCCCGACAUGCGCCUCAGCGACACCUACAACGUCAUCGUGGAGAACCAUGACUGCAACUCAGGAUUCUGCUACCGCUCUGUGGUCAUCAAAACUCAGGGCUCGACUCUGAAGAUGACCACAGGCCACUCCCUUAUGCUGAAUGGAGGAUAUGAGAUCACUUCUCUGCCUUAUGCUGCCCCAGGAUUCUACGUCGAGAGGGUGUCUUCACUCUUCCAGAAGGUUACCCUUGACAACGGACUGAAGAUCCUGUGGGACGGCAGCAACAGGGUCUACGUGGUGGCGACCCCUGACCUCAUGGGAACCAUGGUCGGUCUGUGUGGUAACUUCAACAACCAGCAGUUUGACGACUUCUACACUCUAAGCAAGGACAUCGAGACUCAUCACAUCGCCUUUGCCAACAAGUGGAAGGUUGAAGAUCUGUGCCCUGACAUCUCCAUGACAGAGGAGUCCCAUCCCUGUGACAUGUUCACCCAGCGCAGGUCCACUGCAACAGAGAAGUGCGAAAUCCUGAAGAAAGAACCCUUCAGGCAGUGUCACGAAGCUGUGAACUUCAGGUCCUACUACGACAACUGCAUGUACGAUGUGUGUGCCACUGAGGUGAACUCAGGCAUCAGCCCGCUCUGCGACGCCCUGGCUGACUACGCUCACAUGUGUGCCAAGCAGGGAAUCGUGCUGGACUGGAGAAGCCAAGUGACUGAGUGUGAGCUGCAGUGUACCGGUUCCCUUGUCUACAAGUCCUGUGGUAAGGCCUGCCGCACCUCCUGCGGUGCCCUGGCCCAGAACCACGACUGUGAGGAACACUGUGUGGAGGGCUGCAUGUGUCCUGAUGACCUGGUGCUGGACUAUGACGGCCACUGUGUCCCCGUGGAGCAGUGUGUCUGUCUGUACCAGGGACAGGCUUUCAAGGCUGGCGACACUGUCAUGCAGGAGUGCAACAUCUGUGAGUGCCACAAGGGUCAGUGGAUCUGCACUGACAAUGAGUGUCCCCAGGAGGAGGAGUGCCCUGCCCACAUGGAGUGGACAAACUGUAAGAGCAACUGUCCUCGCACCUGUGGCAACAUGCACAUGCCAUACCUCAGCUGUCCAAGGGGAAAGUGUAUUGCUGGCUGUGAGUGUAACAACAUGACAGUGUGGGACGGUGCUAACUGUGUUACCCCCAGUGACUGCCCAUGUUAUCACGGUGGUCGUAGCUACCAUGAUGGAGAGACCAUGAUGGUAGACUGUAACACUUGCACCUGCUCUGGCCGCACCUGGACAUGUGAGAACAACGAGUGUCCCGGGAUCUGCUCUGCCUACGGAGACCCUCACUUCAAGUCCUUCGAUGGUCGCGAGUACGACUUCCAGGGCGAGUGUGAGUACGUCAUCGCCAGGAGCACCGGCAACAACGCCCAGCAGUUCUCCAUCUCAUCUGAGAACAUCCCCUGCGGUACCAGCGGUGUCACCUGCACCAAGUCUAUCAUCUUCACCAUCGGAGAGGGAGACAGUCAGAAGACACUCACACUUGUCAGGGGACAGAACGUGCCAAUGGAGAGGGACACACCAUUCCAAGUGGCCCAGGUCGGACUGUACGUGUUUGUGCGUACAGACAUCGGCGUCACUCUGCAGUGGGACAGGGGUACUCGUGUCUACAUCAAGCUGGAGACAACUCACAAGGGCAAGGUUGAAGGUCUGUGUGGUAACUACAACGGAGACCAGCAGGAUGACUUCCUCAUGCCCAAUGGCCUGACGACCGAGAUGGAGACAGAGUUUGGUAACGCCUGGAAGAUCCACGACUACUGCGCUGAUGCUGGAGUCAUCAAGGAUACCUGCAGUCUGCAUCCACACAGGAAAGCCUGGGCCCAGAGGAAGUGUGCCAUCAUGAAGUCUGAGCUGUUCAAGACCUGCCACUAUGAGGUGCCCUACCAGGACUACUACGAGCGCUGUGUGUUUGAUGCCUGUGGCUGUGACAGUGGUGGUGACUGCGAGUGUUUGUGUACCUCCGUCGCCACCUACGCCCAGGAGUGUAACCUGCACGGUGUGCACGUCCACUGGAGAAGCCAGGAGUUCUGCCCCAUGCAGUGUGAAGGCUGCACCAGGUACAACCCCUGUCUGAGCGCCUGUCCUCUGACCUGCGCCAACCACAAGCACUGGGCCACCAUCCAGUCCGAGUGUCGUGACAUGUGUGUGGAGGGCUGCGACUGUCCCGAGGGCAAGUACAUGAACGAGGAAUAUGAGUGUGUGCAUGAAGAGGAGUGUACCUUCUGCAUCACCCUGGAUGGUGUCCCCUAUGAUGAGGGAGAGAAGAUCCUGUCCAUGUCUGAUGAUUGCAGGAGUUGCUACUGUGUGAACCAUGAGGUUGAGUGUCUGGGUCUGCCAUGCCCAAGGGAGACCUCGACCCUGUGGAUCCCCACCAGCACCACCCUGACCCCACCCCCAGAGAUCACAACGUGCACAGAGUGCCACGAGGGCUGGACAGGCUGGAUGAACGCUGGGUAUCCCAACAACGUCAACGGUGGCGACUACGAGACCUUCAGCGUGCUGCGUCGUCAGUUCAGCUUCUGUCGUGAUGAUGAGGUGGUUGAUGUUGAGUGCCGUGUGGCCGAGUAUGGAACACCCUACAGCCAGGCAGGACAGAACGUGAAGUGUGAUGUGCUGAAUGGUCUGACCUGUAACAAUGAGGACCAGUCUCCUGUGCCAGAGUGCUACGACUAUGAGAUCAGGUUCAAGUGCCAGUGCAUGGAGGGCCAUGAUGAGGUGUGUAUGACCACGAAGACCCCAGUGGUCACUGUCACACCAGAGUGUCCGCCUGACAAGCUGCUGAAGUGUGCCUUCAAGUGUCGCCAGACCUGUCAUGCCUUCCGCCUGACCCGCGCUGAGUGCACCUAUGGGUACGAUGACACCUGUGUACCACACUGUGGAGAAUUCCAGGGCUGUGGCGAAGGCUAUGUGCUGCGUGGAAUUGAUGAGUGUGUGACAACAGAAGACUGUCCUUGUAGGAAGGAAGACGGAACUAUUGUGCCGCCUGGUACGUCCUGGAAGGAGGGUGAAUGUAAGAUGUGCACGUGCUGGAACAACCAGCUGAAGUGUGAGGACAUCUGCGGCUCUUCAGUCACCAUCAGCAAGACUUCACAUGGCUUUGCCCUGUGCGACAGCUGCAUUGACAUCAUCUCCCGUAAGGUGAGCGAUGACUGGAAGCUGCUGUGCAUGGCUCUGGGCUGCGAUGCUAAGACCAUCUCCAGUGUGGAAGUGGAAUCUAGUGGUGACUCCUUCGUCUGCUGCUCCACCAUGCUCAAGCAAUGGCGUGACACCAGUAGUCUGGAUUACGAUGACAAGGUUGACGUCGUGUGCCGUGCCUUGGAGGCCUGCGGUUACUCCGACUGCGCUGUUGAGGUUCACGAGAACUUCCGCAUGGAGAAGACAAUCUGCAUGAGUGAUGACAGCCUCAAGAUCAUCUCUAAGAUCGUGUCAUCUGAUUGGCAGGCUCUGUGCACUGCCCUGGGCUACAGUGAUGAUUUCACCAAGCAGAUCAUCAGCAAGUAUGACACUGAUUCGUACCUCUGCUGCCACCAUGCUUUGACGACAUGGCGUGACACGUCAGACUAUGACUACGCACAAAAGGUGGAGCACUUGUGCUAUGCCUUGGACCUGUGUGGUUUCUACGAAUGCUCACAAACUGUCAAGAACGACUACCAGAAGGAAGUUGUCGUUGCCACAUCUCAGGUAUCUGUGGUCAGUACUUCUUCUUCUUCUGUGGAGUCUACAAGCAGCACAUCCAGUAGUUCUGUGGUGUCUACAAGCAGUUCUGUGGUGUCCACAGGCAGCACAUCUAGCAGCACUUCUGGUGUUGUUACCAACUACCAGACUGGUGGCACCCUGAUCUCAAGCCGCUUCACUGCUUCAAGCACAGGAGGAACUUUCACCAAUGGACUGACGCUCUGUGACGAGACCAUUGACUACAUCUCCACUAAGAUCACCACUGGUUGGACGUCCCUCUGCAUUGCCCUGGGCUGCAGUACUGAUGUCAUCCAGAAGGUGCUGAAGGUGGGAAGUGACGACCAUGUCCACUGUUGCAGCUACAUGCUGAAGACUUGGAGGGACAAUGUUGACGUUGACUACACAACCAAGGUUGAGGUGCUCUGUGAUGCUCUCCGCACCUGCGGUUACACCAGCUGUGCCACCACCCUGGAGCACAAGUUCCGCACGGAGACCUGCAUCGCUCUGUGUGACCACCAGUUCGACACCUACAGCAAGCUCAUCAGCCAUGACUGGAAGGCCAUGUGUAUCGCCAUGGGCUGUGAUUCUGACUUCAUGCACAAGUAA